AUGGUGAAAGUCUUCGAGUGGUCCAACUUCUCGAUUGAGAGUCCCCGACUCCACCUCAUCCAUCUCGACUACAACAAUCUCCUACACGCUGUUUUUAUGACCGAUCUAAUCAACACCCCUGCGUGCAUCAAUGCAUUUGGAAAUCUUUCCAUCAAUACGCCAGAGAGAUUCUCCCGCUACGUACGAACACAAGUCCACCCCCACUACGUCCGAUACGGCUAUGGCCUUUUCAUGGUCUUACACAAGCCAGAUCAGUACGCGGAUGUGGAUGAAAGCAAACCCAUCGGCAUGGUGUCCUUGAAUCGAAGCGAUUCGCAUGAUGCCUGUGUAGCACCCCAACUUCAAUUCGCUAUCAUGUCCUCAGAAACUCUCCAUGGGUACGCCACGGAAGCGGCGAAAACAUUGCUGGAUUACGCGAAGCGCGAACUUGGGAUGGAUUCGGCGUGUGCAUUCUCUUCUGUAAGAAAUGCUCAUGGCGCGAGCGUGUUGAAGAAGGUCGGACUUGAGUUUCGAGGAAUUGUAGAUUUGACGGGCUCAGGUUCCGACGAGGGUAAAGUGUCUGUGUGGACGCUUCCUGGUAUGAGUCAGGAUUUGUCGAUUUACCGCUUAUCUUUACCUCUAACCUGCCUGUGA